GUAGUUCGCGAUCUGAGGCCGAACCCAGCGGUUGUACGUUCCGUCUGCGCUUACGCUGGUCUAUCAACGGAUUUUGUAUUUAUGUCUGAAUUGCGUGAAGUUUCAGAGUGAUUGGUACACAUCUGGUUUCUGGUACACAAUGAUUAAUUGGCUGCAGUGCUGGAUUUCGCCUCCACGCAAGCUGAGCGGGCGUGGUAACGCCUGCUGCGCCGCGACGAACAAACGCACAAACAUAUUCACCGCGGUGAACAACUUCUUCGCUGAUUCGCCGCUGGUGAAUCAGCUCAAAGGGAUCAUGACGAGACAAACGAACAGCAGCGGUGGCGAGCCGGGUCCCCCGGAUGAGGCGUCGCGUCCUGACAGCAGAGGCCCACCAGCGUUGGCCCUCAGCCCUUCAGACAGCCAGCAGUUAUCGGAGCAGAGCUCGCCAUCGAAGCCGCCGCGACAGGUGACCUUCCUGAAGCCGGCUGCCGACACCACCCUGGACAGGAAGGCCUCCAUAGUCGACGAGACCUCCGGGAUUACCAGGACGCAGAUGAAAGAAUUCCGCGAGGCAUUCCGCCUGUUCGACAAGGAUGGUGACGGGACCAUCACGAAGGAGGAGCUGGGGCGGGUGAUGCGCAGCCUCGGCCAGUUCGCCAGGGUCGAGGAGUUGCAGGACAUGCUGCAGGAGGUCGAUAGUGAUGGUGACGGCAACGUCAGCUUCGAAGAAUUCGUGAGCAUCCUAUCGAAGUCCAUGUGCGGUGCUGGUGGUGGAACCAGCUCUGCCGAACAGGAAGAGAGAGAGCUCCGGGACGCGUUCCGGGUGUUCGACAAACAUAACCGGGGUUACAUAUGCGCGUCGGACUUGAGGGCUGUGCUGCAGUGCUUGGGCGAAGACUUGUCAGAGGAAGAGAUCGAAGACAUGAUCAAAGAAGUCGACGCUGAUGGCGAUGGCCGCAUAGAUUUCUUAGAAUUCGUCCGCGCCCUCGGCGAGCCGGAGGACGCGUGUGAUGAUGAAGACGAGGACGACCCGACUGACGGACCUGACCUGCUGCUGCAACGAACCGUCGCCGCCAACUGAACUGCACAGCAUCACGUAGCCAGGGUUAGGAGUGGGGGAAUAUUGUGACCUAAGUUAACAAUGAGAAAAUAUCCAGAGACUCCUCUACACAAGCGAAGUCAGUCGAAUACUAAAGUGGGGAAACUGUAGAAAUACAUAUUUCAGGUAUUAGGCAUAGUGAGUGGUGUGGUAAACGAAGAUUACACCAGUGUAAAACCAGUCAAUUCACACACCAUAGGAAGAAAAAGGAGCUCAUUUUGUUAUAAAUUAUAAUGCUUAUUCAAUGAAUAAAAGAAGUCAGAAUUUUUAAGUAAAUUGAAAACAUUCCCUAUACUAGAGCCUCAGGGCUAGUGGUAGGUUUGCACAAGUUCUUUUCGAAGUGAAUUAAAAUACAGUGGGUUGUGUAUGCUCAUCUAAAGACCUAACGACUGACCCUGGCUACGAUCCUAAGUGGACCGCUUUAUGCUAACGCUGGCUUUAAUUAUUUAUUACGUUGUACUAAAAUAUUAUUGUGAAUAUGGAGUUUAAACACGCCUAUAAUAUUUUAAGCCGGUUCAUAUUUGGCAUAACACGAUCAGCAACCUUUUAGGUUCUAUGGGGCCCAUUUGGCCUCAUGCAGCACUCCGAUGAAAUCAUUGAAUAAUGUCAGGACAUAAGAUAGCUAAUUAUGUAGCUUGGCGGUUGGAGUUUACGAAUUCAGAAAUUGAAAAAUAAUAAAGUAGUAUGAAAAUACCUUUGUAUAAAACAAUUCCUUGAUAUAAAAUUACUAUAAUUAGGCCUACAAAAUACUCGCAAAAAUUGCUAUGUCCCUUUUUAAAUUAAUCCUCAACUUUUAUCUCAUUCAUACAGUAGAAGGACUCAUAUCAAUUAAAUAUAAAAACCUAGGUACAACGAAUUCUUCCCUAACAGCCAAUUUCUUCAUCAAAAGUAAAAUCCAAAGUAAAAAUCAAAGUAAUGUUUAAAGUAAAAGUAACGGUCAAAUUCGCUUUUUCUAUUAGUUUUGCUGUCACAUUAGCCUUGAAAAAACGAAUUCGACCGUUACUUUUACUUUAGACAUUACUUUGACUUUUAGCUUUAAUGAAGAAACUGGCCGUAGGUACCUAAGUCGCUUCACCAUUAAAGUAAAGAGUUACUUCUUCAAAAAAUACCUAUUAUAAGAUGCUUAGAAGAGAAAAUCUAUCUUUUUCAAUCUCACCAACUUUUGCUCAAAUCAUUCAUAGAUAGGUUCGAAAUCUCCGUUUUGAAAUGAAUCUCUAUUGUAGGGAGCUUAUUUUAUUUUUAAAACGCAUUUGCAUUGUGGAGAAUAUAAUCGUCUAAGUAACUACAUAUAUAGGAACUCUAUAAAAAAUCCAUCGUCUUGAAAUAUCCAUAGAUGGCCUACCCGACCCGUGAAAACCACGGUAACAUAUAUAAACCAAACUCCAUAUAUAAAUAUAGUGAUUUUUCCAUAAAACACCAAUUUUUUAAUUAAUAAAUAAUGUAAAUAUUUUGUCGUUUUUACUAUAUUUCAGGUAAUUGUAAUAAUGAGUGAGAUAGUUGCAACGUAAUCGUACCUUGCUUGUGACUAUUGUAAGGAAAUUAGUACUAUUUACAUUUAGAAACUACCUACUGGCUUAAUGUUUUUGCCUCUCAUAGAAAAUAAGGACGAAAGAAAAAUAGUGCCGGACAAGAUUCUUUGUAGAAAAGGUUUUAGUUUUAGAUACGAUUAAUUCAAUUUGAAAUACAUACAACAAAUUUUCGACAAAGGGCUCUUGGUAUCACAGACCCUUUGCGACCCUUUGAGCGGCAAAAUUAAAUUAAAGGCUUUAUCGACACUCUUAAUUAUAUUGGUACCUAUCUUCCGAAAUAACUGCUAUGACUAUCUACCGAACUUGUCCAGCGCUGUUCAUUCUCACAUUAUGUACUUAACUCAAUUAUUUUUUGUAAUAUCUUCUUAAAGAUUUUAUCAAUAAAAUAUCAACUAUUUAUACCUCAAAGUUUUCAACAUAUCUAACAAGAAUUUAUAUAAUCAGAGCUUUUAUUUGUCUAAUAAAAUGCAUGAAUAUGAAUAGGGAUAAAAUUAACUGAUAUUUCGCAAAAUAUUGAUGUUGUACAUUAAUAAUACAGAACCAAUAUACAAAGAAAAUCUUCUUGAA